GCCGUGGCUACAGGGCAGGAGGAAGGACAAAAAGGGUGAUGCCUCCCCCCACUACCGCGGGUCUUGGGUGUGGAGCGCAGCGCGGGCGGUGAGGGUAGCCGGGCGGAGGAUGGAGGAGAAGCCCCCCGCCGGUAUCAAGCCCUACCUGGACAAGCUGACCCUGGGGGUCACACGGCUCCUGGAGACUUCUCCAGGAGUUGCUGAGGUGUCGUUUGUGGAAAAGGAGCCAGCUGACCGGCACACAAUCAUUUCGUGGGAGCAAAAAAAUUCGUGCAUAUUGCCAGAGGAUUUAAAGAACUUCUAUCUGAUGACUGAUGGCUUUCAGAUGACCUGGAGUGUGAAGACUGACGAUGCCCCAAUGCCCCUGGGCUCCAUGGUGAUUAAUGGUAUCUCAAAGCUAUGUCGGCUUGGGGGUUCCUCGAUGUACACUCUGCCUAAUGCUCCGUCUCUUGCCGACCUGGAAGAUGACACAGACGAGGAAGGUGAUGGAGACAAACCAGAGAAGCCACACUUUGAUUCUCGUAGUCUUAUCUUUGAAUUAGACCCAUGCAAUGGGAAUGGAAAAGUUUGUCUUGUUUAUAAGCAUGCUAAACCAGUUGUCUCCCCAGACACAGAGAUAUGGUUCCUGGACAGAGCUCUGUAUUGGCAUUUCCUCACCAAAACCUUCACAGCCUACUACCGCCUGCUCAUUACGCACCUGGGUCUCCCACAGUGGCAAUAUGCCUUCACUAGCUACGGGGUCAGCCCCCAGGCCAAGCAAUGGUUUAACAUGUAUAAACCUGUAACCAUCAACACAGCUCUUCUCUCUGAAGAAGCCGAUUCCUUUGUGAACAAGCUGGACCCCAAUAAGGUAUUUAAAAGCAAGAAUAAAACCCCAGUGAUCAAAAAGAAACUACCCUCACAGCCAGCGGGCUCGCAGAAGAGUCACACAAGCAUGACCUCCUCCAAGACAUCCUCACUACCUGGGAAUUCCUCAAGGAAGUAAGAUGCCCAGAUAUGACCCUGGACAGCAUUUCAAAUAAGCUUUGAUGUUCUCUGAUGCAGAGUCUCAGUGGUUCAGAGACCAAAUUCCUUGUGCAUGAAUAGCUGUGCCCAUGCAAAACACUUUUCAACAUUUGCAUGAAAUAUAGCCGUGAUGUACUUUGACAUGGGAGGGAUAUCGUUCCUGGAGACUCUGAGAAAAAAACUUGAGACAUUGAUUUUAUUCCCUUCUGCUACUUGCAGCAUGUACUUUUCAGAGGGCAUGAAGAAGCCCUUGAUGUUGCUGCUCUAUAGGGAAGCUUCUGUUCCUGUACAACUGUAGCAGUGAAAUGAAAGCAGAUGUAAGUCACUGUUACUUUAGUAGACCCAUGCUGAAGUACAGUGUAUGAAGAUAUUUCUGCCAUAUCCUUUGAAUGAAACCUGUCCUGACCUUGCAUGCUAUGGGAGCAGACUGGAGCCUACUGAACAAAGAAAUAUGUUAUGCUUCAGACAGAAUCAAACUCCAUGCUUUCCUGUGGUCCUUCCAAUGUCUGCUCUGAGAUUCAUGGUACAAAGAGACCUGGGGCUUCCAUGUCUCUGUUUUGGCAUAGCCACAAACCACUUUUUGGCCUUUGUUUCCUCUCUUUUCCAAUAGCGAAUUCUGUGUGAUCUCCUUCCCAAUAAGUCUGAAGGCAGCCAGAAGCUGCAAGAUCCGUUAUUGCCUCUGCUUUCUCCUCUUCUGGGAAAUGCUGAGCAAGGGCAGGUCAGUGACAUUGAGAGUCAUGUAAGCCGGGAGGACCCCUUGGUUUGUCACACAUUCAUUUGCAAAGUUGACCAUUCCAACAGCCUGUUACAUUUCACUUGGGCCAGGGGGCACUGGGAUUCUACAGCCUUAGAAGCCCCUAAUGAUGUUUUCUAUACUGUAAGUUUUCAGGUUAGAACUGCACUUUAACCUAUUCACUGCUGGUUUUUAGUUACAUCUGUUCCUUUACUUCUCUAUACCAUUCGGUCUUCUUGGAUACACUGGAAGCAUUUGGUAGCAUUCAGCACAUUUUGUGCUUAAGCAGGGAAAUUAAAAGCACCAUCUUGAAAUAAGCAUUGAUUAUUUGAACAGCAUAAUCCGUAAUUUAUUGAAGAGUCACAUAAUUACAUAAAACAAACCUACCUCACAGGGAUGUUGUGAGGCUUCCAUGAGUAUUUGUAUGGCCCUCAGAAAGAUAAAGCCACCCUG